UUUAAUUUACUGUAUACGUUACUGAUUGUUAUUAUUGUAAAAAAAAAAAAUGGUGGUCGAUAUGGAGUUAGAAGCGUCAAAAGAAGCUGUUUUACAAUUAAUGAAGGAAAAAGAAAAAAUUGAAAAUGAUUUAAAAGAAGCAAGUGCAAUUUUGGAAUGUAAUCAUGUGGGAAUGAGCGAUGAAUUAGUUGAUUUAGAAGGAUUUCCAAGAACUGAUAUUGAUGUUUAUCAGGUUCGACAUGCUCGUCAUAAAAUUAUCUGUCUUCAGAAUGAUCACAAGAAUAUUAUGAAAAAAAUUGAGGAUGGAUUACAUAAAGUUCAUGGUUUAACGGGAAAUAAUCCCCAGGAAUCGCCAUCAACAUCAAUUCCAAGUUCUAUUCAGGAAAAUGUUUAUUUUGAACCAUUUUUAAGAGUGAAUUUAGUCACUCCUGGAUCGCCAGCUGAAUUAGCGGGAAUUCAAAUUGAAGAUCUUAUAAUGGAAUUCGGUUCAAUAAAUAUUAAAAAUUUUAAAUCAUUAAAGGAUGUUGGUUCUCUCGUGGAAAGUAGCAUUAAUAAGAAUGUAAUUGUUCAAGUUAAACGAAAUGCUAAUACAAUUGUUUUGUCAUUAACGCCACGACCUUGGAGUGGAAAAGGCCUUCUUGGUUGUAAUGUUAUUCCAUUGGAAACAGUUGAAAGAUAAAAAAAAAAAAAACAGUAUUCUAUUCAUUUUUUCAUUAUUUAAAUCAAGAAUAAAUUAAUAUAAAAUAUUUUAAUUUAUUCCAAUAUUAGUUUUGAAUUUAUAAAUCUAUGUAACGAUUUAUCUAAAAAUAAAAUAAUUAAAUAUAAAUUAUA